UCUUCACUGGACAUUCGCUGUGGCUGCUGUUGGUGACAGUGUCCUGAGCUAGGUGUACCUGUAGUCUGACCAAGCCGAACUUGUCUCUUAAACCCAGGCUGCCAUGUUCAUUAAGGCAGCCCAUCUAUAAUUCAUGCAGAUUUCCGUGGCUGCUGUAAAUGUCGCAGGAGGUUGCGCUCUCCCCGACUUUCACCGGGAAAGAGGGGAUGCGCGAAAUAAAGGCGGCGAAGACCGUGUCACCAGGCGAAAGCCCACGCUGCUAAGCUCGCACUGCCCGGCUGUGCUGCUGCUUUCCCGGCUGUCGGCAGCCCGCGGCUCCUUUGUCACCACUCCCCCGGCGGUGGCGGAGCGCCGAGCCCGCAGCCUGGGAGCGCCGGGAGGCAGCCGGGCGGGCGGCAGGAGGGCUUAGGACCCAGGGGGACGGCAGCCGCCGAGUGGAAGGACCCAGGCUUUGGUGCACACGCCUCCUACCAAAAAAAAAAAAAAAAAAAAAAAAAAAAAAAUCAUAGCCCCGUGGAGCUGGCGCUCGCUCAUUCACAGUUUUCUAGAGAGAUCUGAGCCUGAACCUGGGAGCCGGGAGAUCUUGCUCACCCACCCAGCUCAACAGCAAGGACACCUACAGGGGGAUAAAAAAAAACAAAACAAAACCCAAACCCUCCCGGCGGCAGGCUGCCUGGCUCUGUGCAGAAUCUGAUGGAAUAAACAACACUUUCCUUUGGAUGGAUUAUACGACAUAUGAACUGCCUGUUACUCUUUCUGCAGGAAUAAGAAAAGCCCUUUACUUUCAUUUGCUAGGUGUCAGCAUGAUAGCAAAAAGCUUCUGAAUGGCUCACACUCACAGAAGACCAUUUGUUGAAUGGGAUCAGCAGUUCCACUAAAAUAUCUGAAGUUAAGGAUUUGGAAAACAGAUUUUUGCAGAGAUGACCCAUUUACAAGCUGGACUUAGUCCAGAGACUAUAGAGAAAGCCCGCCUGGAACUGAAUGAAAACCCAGACAUUUUGCAUCAGGAUAUCCAGCAAGUCAGGGACAUGAUCAUCACGAGGCCUGACAUUGGGUUUUUACGUACAGAUGACGCCUUCAUCUUGAGAUUUCUCCGAGCCAGGAAGUUUCACCAAACGGAAGCCUUCAGACUGCUGGCUCAGUACUUCCAGUACCGCCAAUUAAAUCUGGAUAUGUUCAAAAACUUCAAGGCUGAUGAUCCAGGAAUCAAACGGGCUCUGACUGAUGGGUUCCCAGGAGUGCUAGAAAAUCGCGACCACUGUGGCAGGAAGAUUCUUCUGCUUUUUGCAGCCAACUGGGAUCAGAGUAGGAACUCCUUCAUAGAUAUCCUUCGGGCUAUCCUGCUGUCCUUGGAAGUGCUCAUCGAAGAUCAGGAGCUUCAGAUAAAUGGCUUCAUUCUAAUUAUAGAUUGGAGCAACUUCUCCUUCAAGCAAGCCUCUAAACUUACGCCAUCUAUCCUUAAACUGGCCAUUGAAGGGUUGCAGGACAGCUUUCCUGCCCGCUUUGGAGGAGUCCAUUUUGUCAACCAGCCCUGGUACAUCCAUGCCCUGUACACGCUAAUCAAACCAUUCCUCAAAGACAAGACAAGGAAAAGGAUCUUUCUUCAUGGCAACAACCUGAACAGCCUUCACCAGCUAAUACACCCUGAAUGCCUGCCCUCUGAAUUUGGGGGGACCCUUCCCCCAUACGACAUGGGGACGUGGGCUCGAACGCUGCUGGGCCCUGACUACAGUGACGAGAACGAGUACACCCACACUUCCUACAACGCCAUGCACGUGAAGCACACGUCCUCCAACCUGGAGCGGGAGGCCUCACCCAAACCCAUGAAAAGGUCCCAGUCAGUGGUGGAAGCCGGCACGCUGAAACACGAGGACCUGGGGGAAAGCGAGAACACCCAGCCGCUGCUGGCCCUGGACUGAGCUCCUACUCGCCAGUCAUGGAAACAUUCACAGACUUCCACCAUACCAGAAACCCACAGAGCACACGAUACACACUCACACAUGUGCACGCGUUUUGCUUGAGAACAACUCCUUCAUGUUUCUUGCCCAAGUAAUAACUGCCACCAGCCAUCUGUCUGUCCGCAGGGCCAAAGCUGAACAAAAUUUCUAUUGACACAGGAUGUAAAAGAAGACACAGCAGGGGUCUGUCCAUAUGUAAAGAACUUGUUUUUCUUUUUUCUUUUGGUCUUGUGGCAUUAAAAUAUUGGAAGUGGUGGGACUGCAUUCUCCUUUCAAAGAUAGCAGGGAGUGUCAGUAGAAGUUUUCCUGAAGCCACCGGCAGGGAUGCUCGGUUUUAUAGAAACCAAGGUUAAAUGUGUUUUAAAGCAAGGCAUCUUAAAUUUAAAGUCUGUGCUGAAAUUAGCAGUUUAAAGUGGUUCAGAGGGCAGAAAUAGCAGCAUCUAUAGCGUGCUCGAAUUCUACAGAAGGAUUUAGCAUUAAAAAAAAAAUAAAAAAAAUCAAUGCCAGCAUAAUGCCAUUCAACAUGACACUUUGUGAUUGCCUCAUCCAUACUGCUUAUACGGGGUCACUUAUUUCAUAUCUAGCAAAAAUUAUUCUUAACUUCUGAAGCCCUUAUAAAGCUGUCAGCUAAGUGGAAGGAGCUGUGUGGGCAGCAGACAGACAAUUUGGAAUGCAAUUAUUUAAUUUUAACGAUGUGUUUUUCCACAGGCAACUCCGGAGCCUAUUAGAUGUGUGUGUGCGUGUGUGUGUGCGCGUGCGCAAGGGGCGUACUAGGGAGACCCAUUGGACACAUUCACCAGUGAUUAAUGGCUCAAUCCAGAUUUUUUCAUUUAGGUCACAACGACAAAUGAAAGCUCUGCAGAGCCAUUUACCCCCUUCCCUCCUGCAGCCAGUGAAAGGUGUAGCCAGAAGGGUAUGCUGAUUGCAGUUGUGGGCCAUGGUUAAAUGAGAAAGAAAAACUUAAAAUUAAUUAUUCAGUGCAAGCAUCUCCUAGAAAGAAAUGUGGACAAACAGAAGAACUGAAAUGCCAAAGAUCAGUUUGUUAUCUCUCUCUUUGCUCUACCUGCAAAAAAGAGUCCCAUCCCUUCACUGAAAUGGAAACCAGAUUAAAGAAAUAAAAGAAAAAUCGUUAUCAA